GCCGAUCUACAAUCUAAAACCGAAAGAAUUUGCAGGGCUGACGAAGUGGUUUAACGAGCAGUCAUUCAAUGGCAAACUCACCAAACUACAGUUGAAAUCAGUCCUGUCGAGUUACGGACUGACGCCAACGUAUGAAGAGCUACAACAAAUGAUAGACGCUGUCAGUGUGGAUUCCUCUGGCAUUGACCUACAGACGUUUCUUGGACUGUGUAGUGUGAAAAGUCCAGUCCACGACCAUCAAAAGGAAAUACAAGACGCCUUUCGUAUAUUUGACCAGGAUGGUAGUGGUGCCGUUGAUGCCAAGGAGCUGAGGUAUGCCAUGAACAGGAUGGGGAACUACAAUGUAGAUAUCCAUAACAUGCUGGGAGAAAUGGAUACCAACAAAGACGGACUAAUCUCGUGCGAAGAGUUUUGCAGUUUCAUGGAGAAAAAGCUGUUAACGUACAGUAUAUGCUGUGCCUACAGUUUUUCAAGAAUAAUUUCUUAACUUUGCUAAAAUUACGUUCAACGCUUACACGUCACAUAAAAACAUUCCAGACAAAUGAGCAAUGGCACGGGGGUAAAGCAGACCCGAUGAUGCAAUGAGCUUGCUCGGCGGUAUCAUGACUGUGUAACGGGUCUUCAUGUAUAAGUGAGCUCGGCGGUAGGUUCAAACAACGCGGAUCUUCAAAACAUGUGCUCAUGGUAUCAUAGUGGCUUUACCCCCGUGAAUGGUGUAGAUGUAGUACUUUGGCUAAAUUGAAGACUGGGACAUUUAAAGUUCUUUUUAAAACAGGAAUAUAAAAUCGUAUUGAAGAUAGGAAAGCUGCUUUUGUGACAGUACCCAUUAAUUGCAUUCUGUACAUUUGAUCUAUUUCGUUCAAAAAUAUAAUAUGUAUAGAUAAAUUGCUGGUAUUUUAUUUAUUGAAUCGAUUAUCUUAA